UCAUUCUCUAUCCGCGAAGGUCUCUGCAAUUAUUGACGGAACACAAACGACGCGCUUUUGAUUUGAUUGUGGGAUUGAGUCCACUCGCUCAUUGGAUGGUAGCUUUCCGUAUAAUCACGGUCGAAGUGCGAAUGGGCAAUGCUCGUGCGAAGUGCUGCUACUUGUGGUGCAAUUACGGCGACUUAACUGAAUCGCUGUCGAUGCGUCCGUCGAGGAAUAAUGCUACUUAAUUUAAGAAAACAAGUCGUCCUUUAUUGAGCAUCGCAUCAGUUGAUAUCCGGUUAUCGCAAUAUGGCGUCAAAUGGUGGAGAGUAUCGUCGACAAAUAUCAGCCUCAGAAAAAGUGCAACCCUCGACCUUCGUUGCCACAAGAGAGGACUUGCUUAUGAGGAAGACAAAUCCAUCGUUCUCAAAAUACCGACGGUUGUCAAGGGAAUUUUCGGUCGACUCGUGCGCGCAAACCGACGACGACUCGGAAAUGGACAUGCGAGACGACAACGAAGACUGUGUGUUCGCAGACGCGGACAACAGCAAACAGAGUCUCAUUUAUUUGGAUAAAAUCCGGAAGCAAAACGCACAGUCGUCGAGACUUACCAGAAGUUCGUCUUUAGUCGAAUCAGUCGACAUGCCUCUGGAUCUACGCAGUCGGUUUUUGGACCGGAUAUCCGUCGACGUCACUACUGAAACCGUGCAGAUAAGGAAGCCCGUAUUUCGGCGUGUUUAUACGAACAGCCGAGAGCGGUGGCGGCAACAGAACGUCAACAGCGCGUUCAGUGAGCUCCGGCGUCUUCUGCCGACACACCCGCCGGACAAGAAGCUUAGCAAGUCGGAAAUACUGCGUUUCGCAAUCAAAUACAUUCGUCUGUUGUCUAAAGUUGUGGAAUACCAGGAAAACAAUAAUGACCUGUCGGCUCCAAGAGUGGCAUUUGACAAUAAUAGCUGGAAAUCCGUACUUGGGCCACUAGACGGUGUCUAUCAGGUCGAUAAUGUACGACUUUUAUCUAACGCAUCGGCUUCAUCGGACCCGUCGAUGUCCCCGGAAUAUUACAGAGACAGUUUCGGCGAGGAUGAUUAGCGGCCGGCGAAGGCAGUCACCUGAUUACUUAAAUUAUGAAUGGCGCAAUACAAUGGAAAUGCUUAUAAGUAACGGUGCAGUGUAAUGUGGUCCGUAUUUGCGGGUUGCAUACUUACAAUGAUCAGUACUGGUAUGUUUGACGUUAAAAUGACUUGCAAUAAUGCGGAUUCUUUCUGGCAAAGAAAGAUCGAAAAUCAUUGUCAAAUAGUUUUACAGCGUUAUAUACUAUAGUAGUAAAUCUGUUAGAGUUGUCAGUUACAAAAAUCACACUUAGUCUUUAAAAGGAUUGCACAACAAACUGCGUGGCUACAUUCGUGCAUUUUUCCGAGGGAUUCAUGGAUGCAUAGCACGAAUCUAUGUUGUUGUGUAAUUGUCAAAAACUUACAUAAAUAUACACAAAUUGUUAUACACAAAAGGUUGUAUUAUUGUUCCUAAAAUGCGCAUAACUGACGACUAAAUUCACAGUUUUUCUUUUAAAACCUCUUAAAUUAAUUACAGAACGCGGUAAACAGCUGGCAGAUUUUGCGUUUUGCCAUUAAGAUGCUAUUAAAGUACAGGUUUACAUAUACUAAUAUAUGAGAUAAUAUAAAACUUAAAUAAUAACUGUGCGUAAAAAUUUGCAUUCACAUAUUUUCGUAUUUUACACGCGUAUUUUCCUAUGGAACAAAAGCAAAUGUCUUAUUUGAUUGAUAAAAACAUGUAUAUCAAACAAUAUCGCAAAAUAUUGUGAAGGUAUGUAAGAUAAUUGUUUUGUUGACAAACGAUUUGCGCACACCAAGUGAUUUUAGAUUUUGAUGACUUCUUAAAAAAUCCUUUUGUGUUACUUCCGGUUACUGUGUGACGCUAGGGCUCUUUGCGAACGGGAAGCGCAUCUCAACAGUAGUAGUGUCCAUUUGAAGAGCAUCCUUCCCUUUCAUAUUCACUCGAACCGUUUUCUGGUCGUAUUUGAUUGGUCAUACGAUGCGAAUUUUAAAUGGUCCACAAAUAUACGUGUUUGUUUAUGUGUUCAACAAGUCAUACAAGUGGUUGCAAUAGUCGAUUAAAAAAAGUGUCCAAA